GCGCAAAACAGUAGAGGAGAGGAUCUUAUAUGUGUGGGGUGAUGAUGAGGUAUGCUGCGAAUGUUGGAGUUCCCUCUCUUCUCAGUGUCAAAAGUGCACCUAUCUCUUCAAACAACAGCUUGAAUUGGGGUGACAAUGGUGGUGAUGGUAGAGCAGAGGAUCCUAACCAUUUGGCGAAGCUGACAGUUCCAGGUUAUAAAUGGCGCUUGGUUAUAGCAUAUGAUGGCACAAGAUAUUCAGGUUGGCAAUAUCAACAGUCACCGCCAACCAUACAGUGCAUUGUGGAAAAAGCUUUAACUCGAAUAACAAAACUGGAGCGGAAGGAUCUCGUUUUAGUUGGUGCAAGUAGGACUGAUACAGGAGUUCAUGCCCAAGGUCAGGUGGCACACUUUGUUACACCUUUUAACUAUGACAGCUUGGAAAGCAUUCAUGCAGCACUAAGUGGUCUUCUUCCUCCCGAUAUCCGAGUUAGUGAAAUUAGCCCGGCGGUGCCUGAAUUUCAUGCUCGAUUUUCAGCAAGGAGCAAGAUUUAUCACUACAAGAUAUAUAAUGACCCCAUCAUGGACCCAUUUCUGCGUCAGUAUGCUUAUCACAAUGUCUAUAAACUCAAUAGUGCUGUCAUAAGAGACGCUGCCAAAUAUUUCAUUGGGAAGCAUGAUUUCUCUGCUUUCGCCAAUGCAUCCCACAAUGAUCGAGUGCCAAAUCCGGUGAAGAAUAUUUUCCGCUUUGAUGUCAUUGAAAAGGGACCUCUUUUGCAGCUUGAAGUUGAAGGGUCUGGUUUCUUAUAUAGACAAGUUCGGAACAUGGUUGCUUUGUUGCUUCAAAUUGGAAGGGAAGCAAUUCCUCCUGAUAUUGUCCCAAAGAUUUUGGCAACUCGAGAUCGCAAAGAGCUUGCCAAGUUUGCAUUGUCUGGUCCACCUCAUGGUCUGUGUCUCGUGGCUGUCAAGUAUAAUGAAGAACAUCUACGACUUCCCACAGGUUGCUCAGCAACUAGUUUUGGUAGGCAUCAUAGUGUAAGAUAUUGUAAGCUUCCAUUCUAUUAAGAUUUUGGCUUGCAACAUUAAAGAAACAGAAUGAAAUGCAAAAACAGAUAUUUGAGAUUCUCAAGAUUGUCUUUAGAAAUUGGCGAGUGGCUAUUAAUGAAUACCUUUCACUUCAGUUUCCAUUAUAUAAUCAAAAUCUGAACCUUUGGAUCUGGUGAGUUGCUGGAAACAUUGAAUAACAUUAUACUAGUUACUUAGCAGAAUGUCUA